CGUGUCCGGCCCUAACACACUUCAGACCCAGAACAGUACUUCCCUUGAAACACUCAUGGACGUGCAUCUGAUAUAAUUGAAAUUCGUUUGACUGACGUUAAACGAACCACUUUUCCCCGCCUCUUCUCUCUGUAAAAACUGCUUACGAUGAAGGGAACGACACCCACGCAAAACACGGCGGAACAUAGCAGGUGGAAUACCAGGGCCCGGUGAAGAAGGCUAUAGAUAAGCGUGUUCGAUGCAGUUCGCUUCAGAAGGUUGUGGCUGGCAAUUAGAUUGUCCAGAGAACAUAGCUAACUGCUCUUUCAGUUGGGAAUAAACGUGGCUCCGCAUGUUGCCCUUCCCGUUGAUCCAGCAGGGCCGCAAUACAGCAGAGCUGUUUGGGCUGUUCUUUCAUGGAGUGAUAGCACCUGUUUGGAAAACCCCGGAACAGUCUCCGUCCCUUAGACCAAAUAUUUUUAUGUCUUGGGGGAUAUUCUACGUGCCAUCUGCACAAAAUCGUCAAGACAAUUAACAUGGUGUCUUCACCGAGGGGCCAGUUAACGCGAAAGAGGGGCCCCCGACGUGGCCAUGUAUGUGACCGACCUGUGGAGACUCAUAGCUGACGAACAUAGGUAACACACUACACAUAUCUUUGUCUCCGAUAACUCUGUUGAAGCCAAUGAACUUCCAUACACAAGAGAAUCAAAUCCAUAGCCAAAAAGGGCUCAAGUGCCGCAUCUGUCAUGCCGAACAUCAACCUGCAUACAUAUUUCUCAUCCGCCGAACACCAGUAGCAAAGGUAUCCGGAAAUCGGGGCCACACAGGGAAAUCUGCGCAUGCACAUCAGUUUCCAAUCAUGGUCCAUAAUUUAUUUAAUCCAUUGCUGAUACGGAUUCCCGGUCACCAGUCAGACACCUGCAAUGACGAGUCGCUCGGGAAAUCCGCAGCAGGCGUUUUCCGUCAGUUCUUCAGCUGGGGCUCCUUUUGACGUGAACCAACGAUCAUCCGCAGGCGGAAACAUGUCAAAGGGUCUAGGAAUAUGGGGCUUAAAAACAUCGAAAUUCUACCCGUACGAGAUGUACGUCCCCACAAGAAGAAGAGUUCACGUUAAGGAAAACCAGUGGUCUAACCCCGCGACACAAGUUUGGCCUCAGAACCUUUUCCUUUGCAAGUAUCUGGAAAUGCGUGCUGCACGCGAAGGUCUUGAGGUUUUCCAAGAUGCUAAAGUAUUGGAAUUGGGAUCUGGUUGCGGAUUGGUUGGCAUGGUUGCGUCUCUUCUCGGAGCAUCAGUGACCGUUUCUGAACUUGAUAAGGGCCUUCCAUUGUUGCGUCACAACAUCGAGGCCUUCAAAGCCGAAUGGCGAAAUCAAGCGCAAAUCAGCUGCGAUGAUGCUGCAGCAGUGGCGUCGAGGCUUUCUUUAGACAGUAGCAGCAGAGAUCGUUGCCCAUUUAGAAUGGUAAUCUGCAGCGACGUUUGGGCGGACAAGGAACUUCGAAGCUGUUUCCUGCUUCUGUUACUCAAGGCCAUCGCUACUGACUCAGAGGUGCUGAUGUGCCAUACGUGGCGUAACGCUGACGGAACCAAUGUUGGAGAUGCUUCGUCUGACCAGGAGCAGAACGAACUCAUAGCGCGCUUGUCCGAAAUCUUCGACAUGGAAGAAAUUGAGACAGAAGACACAAUUAGGACAUACUGCUCUCGAUUCCACGGAGGCUCACUCUUUCUUCGUAGUCAAAGCACUAUUGACAUUCAAGAAACGUCUGAUGCGGACGGUCGCAUCGUCAUCCUCCGUCUGACCUGUCGACCGGCGAUUAAGGACAAUCCUGCGCGUCUAGAGGAGGAGCUGAAGAAAGAGAUAGCUCUCCACUACCAGAGGGCAAGCAUUAACACACAACAACACCCCGUGCAACCUUGCACUUCUCAAGCAGUAAUGUCAGACGACGUUGAUGCCACUGCAUCCAAGAAGCCAGUGGAAGCUAGGAACAGCGACCGAAAUGCAGGGGUCGAAUGCACGAAGACCUCCGUCCCAGAACCGCCUAUGCAUAAGCGACUGCUGUCGUCUAACAGUAACGGCGAUCAUGAGACUUCUCCUCCGCGUUAUCUGCGCCCACGGCUCAGCACGACUACCAGCGAACCAAGCGUUUCGACGCAAGACUCUUCUCUCACAAGGGCGCUACCGGCAACGUCUGCGGCGUCGGAAGGAGAGGUUCCGCGUGAGGAUGCUCCUCUGCUGACCAAACGCCUGGGACUCCGCACCAGCGCGCAGAAGCCAGGAAUGCAGACCACCCCUCAAUUUGCACCUGCAAAAGAGGCGGCGAAACGGCCUUUGACGUCCCUUGCCGUCUCUGUAAACAGACCCGACAGGGGUAUUGAGCAACCACCCACUAAAGGAGGGGUAGUAUCGAGACGCAAAAUGGGAGCUGAGCAUGGCGAAUCAAGUUGCCAGCAGCAUCCGUCUGACAGCCUCCGUUCAAAGAGAAAUACAUCGAGGCCUGUUCCAGCAGGGUCAGCUCGGCCUUCUCUCUCCGGCGUGGCUGCGCAACGCCACAGAGAGGGACUCGGACCACCAGGGACAAUGGGCCGGCCGCGCUCGACAGUCGGACGGUCUACAAGCGUCGAUGGCACCAGCGUGAAAGCUGUCGCAUCUCAGGUAGGAGACAAAUCUGGCAGUUUCGCAUUGAACGGGCUUCCAGUCGAAGAUAACGAUGCGGCCACUGGAUGCCAAAGCAUGAAUGGUGGCACGCAACCGACGAUCGGACGCUUGCAUGCGGCGUCUGGAGGGGGGAGCUCACCUAACGGCAGCCGGCAGAAACAGCCGAAAGGACUAAGCCGACCACAGUUAGUUCCCGGUCUCUCGUCUUCGACGGGGACAACACGAAGCUCAUCUAUUGCUGACGCAGCCCCUCUUCAGAGGCAACUGGGAAGUGUGAGGGGGCAGAAGGAUGCUGCUGUGGCCCCCAUAGCUGCGAGCGUGCACCCCAGGCCGCCUUCCUGCACGAGCAAAACCUCAAGAGUCGAAAGAACUCCACGACAGAAACCGUUAGAGCGAGUGGCUUCUAGCCGCCCUAUGGGGUCACCUUCAGCCGGUACCGGGCAAGUGUCACUGGCUGUGCCCGCCUCACGGAAAGAUGACAGCCUUCUCCCGAGUAACAGUGCCGACCCUUUAUGUGCUCCGGAGUCCUCGGAGAAGAAACCAGGUCUCAUCGGCAAGCUGUCAUCUCUUCUCCGUCGGUCACCUGGUAGAGGAGCCGCUUCCGAUUUUCCCUCUGGGACGGGGAGUGUAUCAGAACAGGGAGGGAGGACCAGCCACAAAAACUUCAGAAAAAGAAGCAUCAGCAGAAGCGGCUGCCGGCUGCGAAAACUUAGUAGUGGCGGCACGACGCCGCUCACAAAAUGA